AUGGAAUGUCCUCCUCCUCUUACAACUGUAACUGAAAGUGAAGCUACAGAAGGUAGUAGAAAGAGAAAAAAUUCUUCAAGAAAGGUGUCAAAAGUAUGGGAACACUUUACUAAGUUACCAUUGGAAGAGACAAAUGGAGAAGUUAGAGCUGCAUGCAAGUACUGUAAUUUAGAUUAUGCUUGUAACCCAGGCAAGCAUGGUUUAACAUCCUUGAAGAGGCAUAUACCAAAGUGUCCCAAGAAUCCACAUAAAGCUACACAAAUGACAAAACAAUCUAUGUUGAAUUAUGUGACACCAAGUGGGCAAGAGGGAAGCUUAGUACCUCACAUGUUCAAUCAGAAACGAUGUCGCAGGGCUCUAGUUGAGUUCAUCAUAUGUGAUGAGAUGUCAUUUAGGCUUGUUGAGAAAGAAGGCUUUAAAAAGUUUGUAAAGGAGUUAGAACCACGAUUUCAAAUCCCUUCAAGAACAACAGUGGCUAGAGAUGCCUGGCAAUUGUAUCUUGCCCAUUUCAUUGAUAAUGAUUGGAACUUGCAUAAGAGGAUUCUAAGUUUUUACAUGGUUGAGAAUCACAAGGGUGAUACGAUAGGCAAGACAAUUGAAAGGUGCUUAUCAGAUUGGGGCAUACAAAAUGUGUUUACCAUAACUAUGGAUAAUGCAACUUUCAAUGACACAGCCUUAUCUUACUUAAAAAGGCAUCUAAAGAAUUGGAGGGGUCUUGUUUAUGGUGGUGAUUAUCUUCAACUACAGUGUUCUGCACAUAUUCUUAAUCUAAUUGUUAAUGACCGGUUGAAGGAGUUGAAAGAUACUUUUGAGUCCAUUGAAAUGUUAUUAGAUAUGUUCGUUCCUCUCCUGCUCGCUUGCAAAGAUUUAAAUAUGUUUUUUCAAAAGGCAUUUGAAAGAUUAGAGGAUGAGGAUGAAGAUUUUGUUAGCUACUUCAACAAAGGUUUAAAGUGUCAUGCUCAGAGUGGCUUUUCUUGUUUAGAGGGUAGCAUAGAUGCUUAUGUUUAUAGGCAAGGUGCUAGACCCGAUGAUAACAUAGAUGCUUUUGCUCACUCUAGGCAAGCUCCUCCUAAGCGUAAUGGCCCUCCAAACAAACAAGCUUGGAGUAAAGCACGAUUCUUUCUUAAGUUCUUGAAGGUAUUUUAUAAUGUCACUUUACAAUUUUCUAGCACACUAAAAGUUACUGCACAUACAUGUUUCCAUCAAAUUUCUUUAAUUCAAGAGUUGUUAGAUGAGAAUAUUGAAAGUGAUGACCCUCUUCUUAGGGAGAUGUCUUUGAGCAUGAAGAGUAAGUAUGAUAAGUAUUGGGGGGCAGCAGAUAAUUUAAACCCUUUGUUGAUUAUUGCUGUGAUUCUUGAUCCUCGAUACAAGCUUGCCUAUAUUAAUCAUGUAUUUGAUCAACUUUUUCUUGCCCCUGACCUUUGCAUGUCCAUAAAGAACAAGGCAAGAGACACUUUGUAUCGCCUAUUUGAGGAAUACUCUGCAACAGUUAGUCCUGAUAUAAGCAGUUCUGGUAGUGUCAACUCUUCAAGUUCUCUUGACACCAACACUUCAAAUGCAAGUAAAGCACGAGAUGUAUUGGCUAUACCAGUAUCUACAGUUGCUUCUGAAUCAGCUUUUAGCACUGAAGGACGUGUUGUUGAUGAUUAUAGGAGUUCUUUAUCUCCUAAGAUGACUGAAGCACUCAUUUGUGCCCAGAAUUGGCUAGUUGCAGGGCAAUCUCUCUCAAAGUUUGUCUCUAUGUUUCAUGAGGUUGAUAAUUUUCAAGAGACUGACGAUGUGGUUAAUGUUACAGAUGCUUCAAGUGUUAUUAACACUAAGGAGAUAAUUAUUUGA